AUGGCCACAGCAGCAUCAAGUACGGCCUCACUGGCCAUGGCACCUGCCUAUGAAAUGUCUAUGCACUGCUCGACCGUCUCGGUUCAGCCAAAGGAAGUCACGUAUCAGAUCACAGCAACAACCAACAUACCAUCCUACAAAAGAAAUCGCUACAAUUUCAGUCGAUCACAUUCCGAAAUCGAACGUUUGGCGUCUGCCUUCCAAGUCGUCUUUCCAGAAGUCAUAGUUCCCGCUCCCGCUCCAAGAUCUCUAGAUGGUUCAUUUAUGGCUGAAACCGUAAACAGAUUCCUGGACCGCGUGUCAAGACAUCCUCUACUUCGAACGGCAGAAUGUUUACAGAUGUUUAUUGAAUCCCAGUUUGAAUACGUUCCUACUCAAACAAGCACACUGAAAAAGGGUUCAUCAAGUACCUUCCGUUUUGGAAAACCAAUCACUUCAACUACAAGAGACGAUCCAUUCUUUGAAUUCGCGAGAUCUGAAACUGCCGGUGUUGAAUUACACAUUACCAACAUGUUGAAGGCUAACGGGGACAAAAUUGUCAAAUUUGAAAGAGAACAAGCCAAAGCAUCUGGUGAAGUUGGUCAACGAUUGGUUGGCCUCGUUGGAGAAAGUGGAGAUCCACUGGGAAGCGUCCUGCGGAGGAUGGCAAAGUGCUUUCAAGUAUCUGAAGACGCCACAUACGCAGCAAACACAUUCAAUGAUGCCAUCACUCAUGGUAUACGCUCAACAGACUCAGCUCAGUCAACACUACAAAACCGAAUCAAUGCCUUGAAUCUAUAUACCGAAUCAUGCAAAUCAACAUCGAAGAAGGUGCAAGCCUUGGAGAAACUCAAGGCUGGAUCAUCGAUUCGACAAGAUAAAGUUGAUGCUGCUCUUGAAGAGCUCAAUGAGGCAAAGAAGGUUGAAGCAUCACAUCGUGAAUUACUCAAGAGAUUGACUGAUUCCAUACGUGGCGAGUAUGAACUGUAUGACCGCCAGUUCCAAUCUGAUAUGGAGAUUUACUUGAAGGUGUAUGCUGAACGCCAGUUGGACUUUGCACGACAAAUGAAGAAGGCGUUUGAUAUUUCGUUGCCUUCGUAA